AUGUUCAAGCUAUUCUGUCUCCUGAUUGUCGGCGUCACUGCUGUGCUCGCCAUCGAAUAUCCUUUAGGUCAUGGACUACCUUAUCAUGCGCCUGCUGCUAUUAUCAAGCCUGCUCUGAUUAAGACUGUCGAGGUAGAAGCUCCUGCGCAUUACGAUUUCUCAUAUUCGGUGCACGAUGAACAUACCGGAGAUAUUAAGAGUCAGACCGAAUCUCGCAAAGGCGAUCAAGUCCAUGGCCAAUAUACCCUGGUUGAUGCUGAUGGCCUCCUGCGUACUGUAGACUACACUUCGGAUGCCCAUAAUGGCUUCAAUGCGAUUGUACGACGUGAACCGUUGGGCCACAAAGUGGUCAAGGCCAUUGCCCCCGUUGCCAAAGUUUUACCCUUGGCCUAUCAUUAUCUGGCUCCUGUAACUAAAAUCGCUGCGGCUCUUUGUACCAUGUCUAAUUUUCUAGAUGUCGACUUGAGGCUCAGACAGUUCCACUAA